CAUUCCGCAUAGGCAAUGUAAUAAUUGUGAAGCCCCAAAAUUCGUACAAUGCUCAAAAUAUCCGAAUAAACAUUUUCCCGCCAUUUAUGGUUACUGUUUUCGACCUAGCUCAGUGGCGCCCCCAACGGUAAUUUUACUUCCGAAUUAUGUAAAAACGUGGAAGCAAAACUAACUACCAGAGCGAGUUCGUCAAAUCAUCACCCGUGAGCAUUCUGCAUCAACUGUCAACAAUAAUGCUUCAUGGUUUAUAAUUUUAUCGGACGGUUUGGCUGCAUCUCUGCUCAAAAACCCACUAGGUUUAUUAGAUUUAGUAAUUUAUCGUCCUGAAGGAAGCGAAGAUCUCUCGUUACAAAUUCAUUACUUUGGCCCCAAACAGCAAAGUUGCGGUCACUUCUGGAAACCCUAUCUGUUAUUCAUGACCCUCAUCCUAAUUCUCUCCAAGUAAUUAAACUUGUGAGUUUUUUGACCGAGGGUGUUAUCGAUUUCAGUUGUGCAUGUUCGUGGGCACAUCGCGUGCCUUGUUUGAACCAAACUGGCUCUGUGCUUACGUCAAAUGAGGCUAAUUACACCACUAAAGCCACCUGUUUAAUGGCCAAUAGUGUCAUCUUGACAGUAUGUCGAACCGCAUUCAAAAUUUGCGCUUGACUCAUGCAGGGUGAACGGUUGGAGCCUCUCGGCGCGUCCGAUGACCGCAAAAGCGAAAUUGUUCGAAAUAGUGGAUGCAGCAAAUGUGUGUGUUUGGAAAACGAGAAAGACUUCCUCCAGACUUCGCUAUUUACUUUAACGACGUACUUCGCCCAAGUCCAGUUCCGGCUGCGGCAAGUCGUCGACGCGCCGUUCGAGGACCAAGAAGAGUUGUUAAAAUCGCUGGAGGAGUUUGCGUUCACUGAUGUAAAUCUCCGGGAUAGUACUGAUAGCCUCGGUGACGCGUUGCUGGAAACGGUCAAAAAGCGGCGCGAGCAACAGAAAAUUUUGUUGGGACGGUUGAAAUCACAGUUGAGACGAUUAAAAGAGUUUGACUGGAACGAAUUAGUGGAACAUGUACGGCUAAAGGAAAAUUUGGAGCAACAACUUAAGACGCAGAUAGUUGAUUUGGAACGGUUUAUUCAAUAUUUAAGGAACGUGGAUACUAAAUGUGUGUGUAAACGGAGUAGGAAAAGCUUCGGGUCGUUUCUCGUCGAAGCCAUCGAUCGGAUUUUUGCGUUUUUGCAAAUGUUUGCCUUGCUACAGUUUACUUGGGGUUCGAAUUGCUUCGCCUCGGACCGGAUCAACCAAUGGGCUGAUCUGAGAGCCAGGCUCGAGCUUGCCAUAAUCGACUUGAAGAAAACGUUGCACAGUAAUGAAAACGCGCACAAAAUCACGACAAUCGUUCGGAGUAAUUUGGCCACGAGUAUCAAAGACUUGAUGGAGCACGGGACAAAGUCCCACCCGUUCCUGGGUUGUCUGUCGCAUCAGGCAACACAUGGCUGGGACAUCAUCCUGUUUUACUACCAUUUUAAAAGAGGUGUUUCACCCAAAACUAGCAAGAAAAAUUUACUGUGCGCCGUCGAAGAGAUCAUUUCGACGCAUUCGCGGUACAAAAGGAGCCACGAUUCGCACUUUAGAGCCUUCGUUUGUGCGGCUCUAAAUGCCAAAAGACUUGUGCCCUGGUUAAAUUUAAUCUUCCACUGUCGGCGGGUUAUCGAAACAUUUUAUUAUCCGUGGAGCUACGUUGCCACGACCGGAUACCAAGACAGUCUGAGGAGUUUGGAGGCUCUGACACCGCUCAAGUUUGAUCUCCCGGUUGAUUUGGACGUGCGAAAGUUCCAAAUUGAGGAUAACGUUUUUAGCUAGUUGUAAAAAUUCGACAAUAAAUAGUUAAGUUGCGCAA